AUGGCGGCUCCUUCGCAUGUCGCGCAUUGUCGUUCGAGUUCAACAAGAUUGACUCCCCCGGCAUUCGUCGAUUUCAGUUCCAGGAACGGGAUUAACAAACUGUUCUUCGCCAGGAGUUCGGAUUUCCGGCGAGCCAAACGGUGUUUCUGCGUCCGGAACGUUUUCAGCGUGCCUGAGCAGAAAGUUCAGCAGGAUUCCACCACUGACGUUGACGAAGGCAUUCCAAGUGAUUUGAGUUUCACUCCUGAUGCUGAUUCUAUUGCCUCAAGCAUCAAAUAUCAUGCUGAGUUUACACCAUUGUUCUCUCCGGAGAAAUUUGAGCUCCCCAAGGCAUUUUUUGCAACAGCACAAAGUGUUCGUGAUGCACUAAUUAUCAAUUGGAAUGCAACUUAUGAAUUCCAUGAGAAAAUGAAUUCAAAGCAGGCUUACUACCUGUCAAUGGAAUUUCUACAGGGUAGAGCCCUGCUCAAUGCAGUUGGAAAUUUGGAGCUCACUGGUGCAUAUGCAGAAGCCUUGAAUAAGCUUGGUCACUCUCUAGAAACUGUGGCUUCACAGGAACCUGAUGCAGCUCUUGGAAAUGGAGGCUUGGGUCGCCUUGCUUCCUGCUUUUUAGAUUCCCUGGCAACACUAGAUUAUCCAGCGUGGGGCUAUGGACUUAGAUACAAGUAUGGCUUGUUUAAACAACUCAUAACCAAAGAUGGUCAGGAGGAGGUUGCUGAGAAUUGGCUUGAAAUGGGCAAUCCAUGGGAAAUUGUGAGAAAUGAUGUCACAUACCCAGUGAAAUUUUAUGGUAAAGUUGUUACCGGUUCAGAUGGAAAGCAGCACUGGAUUGGCGGAGAAGAUAUAAAAGCUGUUGCCUAUGAUGUACCAAUACCUGGAUACAAGACCAAAACUACAAUUAAUCUACGAUUAUGGUCUACAAAGGUUCCGUCGGAAGAUCUAGAUUUACUUGCUUUUAAUUCUGGAGAUCAUGCCAAAGCUUGUUUAGCCCAAGCAAAUGCUGAAAAGAUGAAUGAUACCCACCCAACACUUUGUAUCCCAGAGUUGAUGAGGAUAUUAAUAGACUUAAAGGGCCUGAGCUGGGAAGAAGCCUGGAACAUUACCCAGAGAACUGUGGCGUACACAAACCACACUGUUUUGCCUGAAGCUUUAGAGAAAUGGAGCUUUGAACUAAUGCAGAAACUGCUUCCUCGACAUGUUGAGAUUAUAGAGAUGAUUGAUAAGCAGCUGGUUGAUGAAAUUGUAUCAAAGUAUGGCACAUCAGAUCCUGAGCUCUUGGUGAAGAAACUGAAUGCAUUAAGAAUUCUCGAAAACUUUGAUUUGCCAGCUUCUGUGGCAGAUUUAUUAGUAGAACUAAACGAGAGCAAGGCGAAUGAACCACCUGAGACACUUGAAAUUGUCGAUGAAACAUCAGAGAGUGACGACAAAAUUAAGCAUGAAGAAGAAGAAAAGCCUCAGAAGAAGAAAACUGUGAGUCCUGAACCAGCUCCUGUACUUCCAAAGUUAGUCCGGAUGGCUAACCUUUGCGUGGUUGGUGGUCACGCUGUCAAUGGAGUUGCUGAGAUUCAUAGCGAAAUAGUGAAGAACGAGGUCUUCAAUGACUUCUAUGAGCUCUGGCCUGAGAAGUUUCAAAACAAAACAAAUGGGGUGACACCUAGAAGAUGGAUCCGCUUCUGCAACCCAAAUUUAAGUGAUAUUUUGACCAAGUGGAUUGGCGCGGAAGACUGGGUCCUAAAAACCGAGAAAUUAGCAGAAUUGCGGAAGUUUGCUGACAAUGAAGACCUUCAAAUUGAAUGGAGAAGAGCCAAACGAAGCAACAAGGAGAAGGUUGCUUCACUCAUCAAACAGAAAACUGGAUAUUCUGUUAAUGCUGAUGCAAUGUUUGAUGUCCAGAUAAAGCGUAUCCACGAGUACAAGCGACAGCUGUUGAACAUACUGGGAAUUGUUUAUCGUUACAAGAAGAUGAAGGAAAUGAGUGCUGAGGAAAGAAAAGCGAAGUAUGUUCCUCGAGUAUGCAUCUUUGGAGGCAAAGCAUUUGCAACAUAUGUGCAAGCCAAGAGAAUCGUCAAAUUUAUCACGGAUGUUGGGGCGACGAUAAAUCAUGACCCAGAAAUUGGUGAUCUAUUGAAGGUUGUGUUUGUCCCAGAUUACAAUGUCAGUGUUGCUGAACUGCUGAUCCCUGCUAGUGAACUCUCUCAGCAUAUCAGUACUGCUGGGAUGGAAGCCAGUGGAACCAGCAACAUGAAAUUUGCAAUGAAUGGCUGUAUCUUGAUUGGGACGCUGGAUGGAGCUAAUGUUGAGAUAAGGGAGGAGGUUGGAGAGGAAAACUUCUUUCUCUUUGGUGCUAAAGCUCAUGAAAUCGCUGGACUGAGGAAGGAAAGAGCUGAGGGAAAGUUUGUACCAGAUGAACGUUUUGUAGAAGUCAAGAAUUUUGUUAGAAGUGGUGCUUUUGGUUCGUACAACUAUGAUGAGCUAAUAGGAUCUUUGGAAGGAAAUGAAGGUUUUGGCCGGGCAGACUAUUUCCUUGUGGGUAAAGAUUUUCCAAGUUACAUUGAAUGUCAAGAGAAGGUUGAUGAAGCUUAUCGAGAUCAAAAGAAAUGGACAAGAAUGUCAAUCUUGAAUACUGCCGGUUCUGCCAAGUUCAGCAGCGACAGAACGAUACAUCAAUAUGCCAAGGAGAUAUGGGAUAUCAAACCUCUAGAGCUUCCUUGA